GCUCUCCAGUGAUUUGACCGCUCCCGCCAGGAUGAAGGAUUUGACUGAGCGGAAGUGCUGCAGAUUCAUCGGGCAACAAAUCGUCGAGGACAGCUUCAACAAAAUAAAAGCCAGGAGCGAUAGAAACCGUAACAAGGUUUCGGCAGAGCACAUUGUCAUGGCCACCGCCAUAGAUUCAGGCGUGCUGACGCAGUGUCAUCAUUACACGGAGGUCGACCGCCACAAGGAGCCCAACGAGCGUUCGGAGUCUUUCGAGCCGCGCGCGUUCAAGCCGCAGGUGCUGAAGUCCAAGAUGGACCCAGUUCUGAGGCCUCUGAACCUGUCUGGCGUGGUCGGCACUGGGGAGGCUGGCUGGUAUUCGCCUGGCGCGGGUGGGAUUCCCCAGGCCUACGCCGACCUGGAGCUUUGCCGCGUGGCCGAGAGGGAGGGCAGGAUGGGGAUCAUGAACAAGCGGAUCUUCUGCCGAGUGGUUCAGAAGGGCAUCGUGCUGCGCAAGAUCGGCACGGACGUGUGGCCCAUGGGCGUUGGCAGCGUUUGCGAUACCUUCGGGGUUGGCUGGCCCCUGGUCGCCUACUCUGCCAGUGACUUCAUCCCAGAGAAGGAGGGCACCAGACAGCUCCUGGUCAUCCUGGACCCCACCGAGUGGGAGGCGUUCCCCGUGUCCUUUCUCAGCCCGUUGCACAGGGCAGUGCUUGAGGAGAAGGAGAAGCUCGGCCCCAACACGGAUAUCAUGACCGAGAUCAAGCUGAAG